AUGAUAUGCAAAGUUGAGCUACCGUUAGAGCUGUUUUAUCGCCAGGUUGCAUCAUCUUUGGAAGCUCGACUGGACGUGAGAGGCAGUGUCGGUCGAGUUGAGGCCGCAACGUACUGGAGUGUCACAAUGUGGCUAUCAUCUGUCGUGGACGGAUGUGGCCAGGCCGCCACACGCUUCCUCGGAACACACAUUACCGCAGGGUCGUCAGUCAAAUCGGAUGUCGUGUCGAACCACGCAAUUGUACAAUCCACUCCACCGUCUUUGUUUCUAGACCAGACUGCCUCAAUGUGUAACGACACCCGAUCUGCCUGCCUUGGUUUGUCCUUCAGUCCUACGGGUGACGAGCUGGAGAUGUUGAGGCUGCUCAAGCUGUACGAGACGAAUCGUCUUGUCAACUGA